AUGUCGACCACCAGGCGCCCUACCUCCAACCGCCGCGCGACCGCCUCCGGCCCCGCGCCGCAGCCCGGCAGCAGCAGCACAGGCCCCCGUCCCGCCGCCCCCGCCGCCGCCGGCCCCGUGAAGCUGCGCAAGCCCGUCUUCACCACCGUCGACAAGCUCGAGCCCAUGACGGAGGGCAACAACCUCGUCGCCCGCGUCCUCUCCGCCCGCACCGUCCUCGACAAGCCCCUCCCCAACCUCACCACCUUCCGCCGCACCCAGGUCGCCGAGUGCCUCGUCGGGGACCACACCGGCACCGUCCUCUUCACCGCCCGCAACCACCAGAUUGAGAUGGUGAAGCCAGGGAACACAGUGAUCUUCCGCAAUGCCAGGAUCGACAUGUUCAAGGAUACAAUGAGGCUGGCGGUGGACAAGUGGGGCCUGAUUGAGGUGAUCGAGGAGCCUGCUGGCUUCAAGGUGAAUGAGGACAACAACGUAUCGAAGGUGGAGUACGAGCUGGUGAACGUGGUGCCGGAGAAGCCGAAGAAGGCGGAGAAGGCGAAUGUGAAGUCGGAGAAGGCAAAUGUGAAGCCGGAGAAGGCGAAUGUGAAGCAGGAGGAGCGUUAUUGAGCUCUGUGUCGGACCGGCUCUCUCUGACUGUGGACAUAGAUUUUGAGGCAGUGGGUAGCAGUAGAUUCACUUUAUCAUCCUGGAAUGCGCCAUUAGUAAGGCUCUUAAGCAAGUGGCUUUGUCUGUUGAAAAAACGGAAGGUCUGAUCUCUGUUCGGGUUUAUGGAUGGAGUGUGUUUUGUGUUGGUGGCGGCGUGUAAUUGGCCAUCCUACUAGAACUUGUUUAAGAUGUUGCAGUUU